AUGACGAACAUGGAAACCGUGACGGAUGCUGUCGAGUGGUGCCUGUGGCACUCCCUGUUCGUGUGGAAGAUUGUGUGGUGGGUGCUGCGCAACCACUGGCCGGCCGUAUUGCUGGUGUUGAUUGGUGCUGUGGGCGGCGUGAUCACGAGGCCCUUGUGGAGCAUUGCAGGACGAUUGAUCGGGGCCGUGUUUGGCUUUGCAUUCAAGUUGCUGACUCUGUUGAAGGUAUGCGUGAGACGGUGCCGUCGCUUCGUGAACGGUCCGUCCGUACAAGGCAGACCGUCCGCGGAGCGUCGGUGGAAGGCGUUUGAGGCAAUCUGGGCCACGCCCAUGGUGGUGCUCGAGGCCCGAGGUGAACACAAGAAUGGCUUAGGCCGGCUACUGUACAAGUGGCUGGAUGCUUACCACGCCCUGUGGUGUGUGUUCCUGCCCGACGUUCUCGAGCUGGGUGGUGAGUCUACCGUGAAAUACUGGCGCGGAUCGAGGGCCGAGUGUCGGCGCUCGGUCGAUCGUGCCUGCUGCGUAGGCCGUGGACUGUGGGCGUUCCUAACGCUAGCAACGUACGCAGUGUUCUACACUGUCAUCUACGUGUAUGCCUUGGUCGAGAAAGCGUGCCAAGGAGCGGUGGGCGUGGGUGUUCUACUCCUGACCCUGAACUGCAUGUUGGCGGACGGUGGGCUGACAGCCGACGGUGGGUUGAGCCCUGAUGCAGUCGUGAUGCAGCGGAGAUGCAUGGUGGCAACGACUGGGGUCGCCAGCCACUUGCUGAAGUGCUACGAGGCGGCGUCGAGAGUGCGUUCGCCUGCGAAGAUGGCGGAGGAGAGCUACGCCGACUGGCUCCGCGACGUCGAAGAAUUGCAGCAAGCCGAGCGUCUGAGUGAAGCCUUUUGGCGUGCGGAUGGGUGCGUCGGGAAACCGAAGCCUGUGUGUACCCUGAGUGGGCUGAGGGCGGAGCAGCGUGCCCUGCGCGCGAAGAUGAAGGCGGACAAGGAGGAAGAGGACGCUCGACGAGGACGUCGAGUCUCAGUCGAGGAGGAUGUCACGAGUGGGAACGGUAGUCACCGUCUCGGGUACGGUCGCGGCCGUCCUCCGGCAGCCUGUCAAUCAGCGCGUGGACUACUACUCGAGGAUCAGCUGUUCGAGAAUGAGCUGACUGAGCAGUCAUCGGAAUUUAGCGAGGAUUAG